CCCCGGCUCCAGCUCCGGCAGCAGCCGCAGCCCCCUCCCCAGCCGCAGAUUCAGGCCGGGAUCCCGGAAAGCAGCGGUCGCCCGGCCGAUGGGGGUGUGGGGGCUGAGCCUGGCUCCUCCCCGUGAGGACAGACAGCGGGUGUGAGCGGGAGGCCUGGAGGGCUGGGGGAGGGGGUCUCAAUCGUCUGCCCGCCCAACAGACCCGAACCCCGGCAGGGCCCAGGCUGGGGGCACCCUCCCUCCCCCGCAGCCGGCAGCUCCAAGCUGUUCCCUGCGGUGAAAACUCCCCUCCCGGUCGCGGGAAAUUAGGGGAGCCGAAUGAGAGGUGUACCCAGGCCUCUCGGCUUGCCCUGCCUGGGGCUUGGGACCUUCUGGUCAGGGUAAUCGGCUGAGGCUGGCUGCAAAGGGCGUGGAGCUACAGUCCGAUCGAGAGAGCCCGCCCACCUGGAGGGAAGGACGAAGCGGGGGUCUUGGCUAAGAUUUGCUUUGCCGGAGAAAGAGCGGCUUCUCAGUCCUUCCCAACGCGCCUAGCAACGGCGCCCUGCCAUCAAGAGAGCAUCCGUCGCCGUUUCCCCGGCCCGGGUGGGGACUCCGCGGACCCGGCUCUAGGCUGAGCCGGCAGGCCCGGUCCAGGACGCUUGGUGGGAAUUGGAGAGACCCCCUGAAGGGAACCCCGGAAGGCGAGCGAGCCAGAACAGUGCCCCCGCUCAAGGCCCGGCCGGGCCAGGCUGGCUCACCAUGUUCAGUAGGUCGGGAUACCAGGCUCUCCCCUUGGGCGAUUUUGACCGCUUCCAGCAGUCCAGUAUUGGGCUCUAUGGAUCUCAGAAGGGCUUCUUCUCCCUGGGGCAAGGGCAGGAUCCGAUGGGCCACCUGCAAGACGCCGAAUCCCGACAGGGCUGGUUGUCAUGGAUCUGCCAUGGGGUUGUGAGCUUCCUGGUCUUCCUGCUGCUGAUCGUAACGUUCCCCAUUUCCGGGUGGUUUGCUUUGAAGAUCGUCCCUACAUAUGAGCGGAUGAUUGUUUUCCGGCUGGGCCGUAUCCGGGCCCCCCAAGGGCCGGGCAUGGUCCUGUUACUGCCCUUCAUUGACAGCUGGCAGCGGGUGGAUCUGAGGACAAGAGCCUUCAGCGUCCCACCCUGCAAGCUGACCUCCAAGGAUGGAGCUGUGAUCUCCAUCGGGGCAGACGUCCAGUUCCGCGUCUGGGACCCAGUGCUGUCUGUGAUGACAGUGAAGGACCUGAACGCGGCUACCCGCAUGACAGCCCAGAACGCCAUGACCAAGACCUUGCUGAAGAAGCUGCUACGGGAGAUCCAGGCGGAGAAGCUGAGGAUCGGAGACCAGCUCUUGUUGGAAAUCAAUGACACAACCAAGUCUUGGGGGCUGGAGGUCGACCGGGUGGAACUGAUCCUCGAGGCCGUGCUGCAGCCGCCCCAGGAAGGCCUCGCCACAAGCCCCUCACUGCCCGGACUGGAUGGGCUGGACAGCGCCAUUCAGCAGCUUGCCGUUCACUUCUUCAGUGGCAGUGCCUCUGUGUCUGGGGCCGCUGGACCCAGAGGUGGUCCUGAGGAAGUGGAUAUGGUGGAAACGGUGAAUGAAACAGAAACCCCGGCUCUUGUCAUCAGCACCAACAGUAGCAGCAGCAGCAGCAGCAGCAGCCAGAGAAAGCCCAGCGCGGAAGAGCUGCUGUCUGCGGUGGAGCUUUUCCUGUCAGAAGCCCUGGUCGGCCAAGUGGGGGCCUCCUACCAGUUUGAUAUCCUUCUCCCUUCCAAAGCCAAGAGCACCUACUUCAUAGAUCUCACCUCAGGAGCUGGGAAGGCUGGAAAGGGAGUGCCUGAAGGCCCCCCAGAUGUGGUCCUGGAGCUGGCGGAGGCAGACCUGCAGGCCCUGUUCUCCGGGGAGCUGCGGCCCCUAGCUGCCUACAUGAGUGGCCGACUUCGGGUGAAGGGGGACCUGAACGUGGCCAUGAAGCUGGAAGCGCUUUUCAGGGCAAUGAAGUAGCAUGGUGUGGCCAUGAGCAUGGCUUGGGUGUGUGUGUGCAUGUCCUGGGGAGAAGGCAGAGCCACCCUGGGGCACCUGGUUGUCAGAGCCCAAGGCCAAGGAGGGAGAUGGAAGGAGAAAAAGCAUGGGACGGCCUCCUCUGACACGUGAGGACCCUGACAGCAGCUGACUCAGAAGCUGAGCUCUGCCUGUCCUUUGUGGGAAGGACUGCCUUUUGUCAAAAGGGCUGAUGGAGGCAGAGCCAGAUGGGAAGGGGGGCUCUGCAGCCAAUGAGGCCCCCAGGGCAGGGCCCAGGUGGUGAGGAGCUAGGCCCACCCUGAGCCCAAAUCAGAGUUCCCACCUUCACACCGAAGAUGUUGUUAUUGUCCGCUCUGUGCUGCAUGCAUUUGGUCCCCUCUCCUCCCCAGUAGGGAAGGGGCAGGGGGUAUUUGUGCAGGCUUUAUAAAUGUUUUCCUUUCAUAUUGGACUUUGGAAUUAAACAAGGAGCAACCUGAGA